GCUCUUCCUUGCAACUCGGCUUUACACAGUAUGGCCGGCGAUAUUAGCUAGCGCUCGCUUUACGGUAUUCUCUGCAAAAGGGAAGACGGUAAACCUAAGAAAGCUAUACCUGGACUGCUAAAGGACUGUACUGAAAUAUUAACUUAACUAUCAAGGAAGGAUUAAUUAAGUUGAAAAUAAGCAACGUGUGAUUUCUGUUGUUGGUGUCUGUUGUCUCACGAUGGAAGAGAACGGUGCACACUUCUUCGAGGGGACCGAGAAGCUGUUGGAGGUGUGGUUCUCCCGAGAAGAUGAGACCAAAGGAACCGGGGACCUUCGUAUCAUCCCAAGAUUUCUUGCCGUGCACCACUAUGAUUCCCUUCGCUGUUAGGUGAAUUUGGAAUUAACAUGCUGGGUGAGAAUCUGCGGAUGGUCUCCGGUUUGAGUGGGACAAGCUGCUGGAGAAUGUGCAUUGUUUGAUCAUAAGUGUGACAAAAACUGACAAGCAGGAAGCUUAUAUACUCAGUGAGAGUAGCAUGUUUGUCUCCAAGAGACGUUUCAUUUUGAAGACAUGUGGAACUACCCUCUUACUGCAAGCACUGGUACCUCUGCUGGAACUCGCCAGAGAAUACUGCGGCUUUGACGCUAUCGAGAAUUUUUUUUAUUCCCGUAAGAACUUCAUGAAGCCGGCCCACCAGGAGUUCCCCCACAGGAACUUCCAGGAGGAAGUUGAGUUCCUUGGCCAGAUAUUCCCAAAUGGAGCAGCCUAUUGCAUGGGCCGUUUGAACACUGAUUGCUGGUACCUGUUUACUCUGGAUUUGCCAGAGUUAUGGGAGAACAAGCAUGCGGAUCAGACCCUUGAAGUUCUCAUGAGUGAUCUCGACCCAGCGAUUAUGGACCAGUUCUACAUGAAAGAUGGUGUUUCUGCAAAUGAUGUCACUCGUAUGAGUGGGAUUCGUGACCUGAUACCAGGUUCUGUGAUUGAUGCCACAAUGUUCAACCCCUGUGGCUAUUCAAUGAAUGGAAUGAAGAUUGAUGGAACUUACUGGACGAUCCACAUCACUCCAGAGCCCGAGUUUUCCUACGUUAGCUUCGAAACUAACCUCUCCCAGACCUCCUACGACGAUCUGAUUAGGAAAGUUGUCGAUGCCUUCAAGCCAGGGAAAUUCGUGACUACACUCUUUGUUAACCAGAGCUCCAAAUGUCGCAGCGUCUUUUCUUCUGCACAGAAACUUGAGGGAUACAAGCGCCUCGACCGCCAGUUGGCCCAAUUCAAUGAUUACAAUUUCGUCUUCACCAGUUAUGCUAAGAAUCGCCAGCAGCAGCAGCAGAGUUAAACAUGAAGAAGCGCAAAAAGAAAGCUGUCCGCUGGGGUCUCCUCCCCGGGGGGCGUCUUCUCCGAGUUGGAAUCACUCUGUCACUCUGCUGCCAUCGUUCCAAGUUAACAGGCCCUAGUUUAACUUCGAGUUUGAAUUGUAUGUAUUCUUGUAUCUAUGAUUUAGAUAUCUUGCAUGAAAGCUCUGUUCUCUGUUUAGAUAUGCUAGCCCACUCUUGCUGUAAAAUUGAAGUGCAUGUAGAGGAAUUAACCACGCACUGUUUAAAGUAUGCUUCGGGUGCUUCCUCACGUGCCCACCGUUGUGGCCCCUUCCUACAGGUCUCCCCCCGAAUCCCUCACAGACAGGGCUUCCGUGCCCACUAGGGGGGGGCCCUGGCAUGCUCAGAUGGGAACCCGCUCGCAUUGUGUGGUUACACUCCCAGCCAGCAGGCUUGCCCAUGAAUUUCACUUAUUCCAGCCUGCAUCCAAUCGGUGUCUCCAUGCCAACAGAAAGCACUUUAAGAGCACCUGCUCUGAUGGCUUGAGCCUCGCACUCCUGGGUGGUGGUUUUUUUUUUCUCUCUCUCUCUCUUCACCACAUGAUGGUGUGGCAUGGCUGGGCAGCUCGGCCGUGAGGUGAGGCCAAGGGAACAAUCCCAGCCGUAGGUGUCGCUCGAUGUCCCGAAACCAAUAACAUUGCAUCUAGACUUGACCUGCUGGUGUCAAGGCCAGUGGGUCUCCCAACGGGCCCAUUCCGUGGAUACAGGUACAAUAUGCCACUUGGGUAUAUAAUAUAAAAAGCACUUUAGUGUGGCAUACUUGAAGUUGCAGUUUGCUACACUUCCAGCUUUUAGCCCUCCAGUUUUUGUCAAGUGCGUGUCCUUCAUUAACACGUACAGCAUGGUCACCUGUCAAUGAAAUAAGCAGCUAGUACUUUCCCAGCAAGGUGUUAAUUGGCUUUGAUGGGCAUAGACCCAAACGGGGGAGCUCUAGCAAAUAGUAAUACCGAGCAGGGCUGCUAAUCCCGGCUCCUGGAACCCCCCCGUGGCACUUAGGCACAGCCCUCCUGAUACGUCUCAGGUCUUUGUACAAGCAUAGCUUCAGCAUGGCUGGCUCUGAUACUGACCUGGUGCUAAAUUAGGGCUGUGCCUAAGCUCGGUGGGGGAGUUAGGUUCCAGGAACAGGGGGGGGCAGCUCUGUUAUAUUUCAAGGCCAUCUAGUCAUUUGUUGACUUUGAAAUCUUUAUUGGGGGGUUGUAGCAUUCCUGCACAGUGUGGCCCCAGAAUGCUGGCUUUUCCUAGUAUGUUGUCUGACCUAAAAUGGACAUAAUGAAUCUGACCCUUUACCCCCCCCCCCCUCCCCUUUCCAGUUCUUGUGAAUGACAUGGGUUCUCCCAGAAAUGGGUAACCACACAAUGGAUGCUUACCAAUCUCAGCAUGCCAGGGUCGUCCCGGAUCAUUCCACACGACUACUGCAUAAACUGCCAUUAUGUUUUUUUUGUUUAUUUUUUUUUUUACACUGUACACAGACAUGCUUGCAGUGAAUCGGUCCAGAAUGUGACACUUGCAGUUUUUGGAGUAGCAUCAAUGCCCUUUGUUCAGUGGCAGAGGUCCUGUGACUCUAGUGCAUGUGACUUGUACUGUAUUGCUCGACAGUGUUGUGCGCUGCAGUUGUGUUCACUCUGUGUUUAAUGCGCUUCAUCCUUCCCUCAUUCUCAGCAGCUGUAAUUUAGUUGAAGCAUAGACAUCCUGGCUUUGACUGGGCAUGUGGUAACUGAAACCUGUUCCCAGGGAAGAGUCGGGGAGGAGGAGUCUGAUGUAAUUGAACGCAGCUUCUUCAGUUGGGAAAGUGAAAUCUAUGGGAAAACGCAGCUGUGAUGACUAGGCUGGCGUACGGAGCAACUACGGGGUGCGAGUCGUCGCGCUUCUCCAGGCAGAGCGCGCAGGUUGACUUGAGCACAGGAACAAGGGAACAUUUGCUUUUCUGAGCUGCUUUCGGCAGAUA